AUGUCGCAGAUGAAGGACCUGCAGCACGACCAUUUGGUGAGAUUUUACGGUGCCUGCGUCGAGCCGCCGCACUGCUGCUUACUCACCGAGUACUGUCCCAGGGGCUCGCUGCAGGACAUCCUCGAAAACGACCAGAUGAAGCUCGACGGGGUCUUCCGGAUAUCCCUGAUAAACGACGUGGUGCGGGGCAUGAGCUACCUGCACUGUUCGGAGAUACGUAGCCACGGCAACCUCAAGUCGACGAAUUGCCUCGUGGAUUCGCGAUUCGUCCUCAAGAUCGCGGAUUUCGGGCUCCACGAGCUCCGGGGACCGGCACGUCCCUUCGAGCCGGACUCGGACGAGGACAGCAACACCUACGCCUACUGGAGAACUGCGAAGUUGGUAUAG